CGGGCCUGGGUGGAUGGAUGACUGGAGUUUCCCUUGCGGUCUGAAGAUUAAUGGAAGGGGUCUGUUGAUCUGAGGAAUCGACUAUCAGGUGGUCGGUCCCAGGAAACCAUUGCACUUGACGGCUUCUUUGGAAACGAAUGAGGAGAAAUCAAGUGGGAUAAGCGGCAUUGUUAAAAAAAACCCGACUAUACUGGACAUUUUUUUUUAAAAAAAGGUCUCAAGUGAGAAGGCCUGCAUACACUGAGAGAGUACCUGGUUAGUUAAGGCCAGACUGCGAGGAACGCUCAGAAGCUAACUUUAGCUUGCUAGUUAGACAGACGGAAGUGGCUUUCGACGAUCUGUGCCCGGACUUGAGUUUUUUUUUUUUUUUUUUGGUACAAAACCAAGCCGUCUGUGGAAAUAAAUAACAACUAAUUGACAAGUUGAUUUGUCCGUGCUUGCUGGAGAAAUCGACGAGCUAACGCUACCAAGCUGACAUCCGCUGGCUAUCUCUGCGAGCUAGCGCGCUAAGCUGAGCUAACUUAAAGCGGCUAACGCUUGGGGCAGUCUUCUGAGUUUCCCUGAAGUCACAACGGAAGAGUGCUGCUUUGAUCUACAUUUACAUUUAGUCAAUAAUGAUAGCUGUCAGCUAGUAGCUAGCUGUCAGUUUCAUUGAGUCCAGUGACUUGCGUUAACGGUGUAACAAUACUCAGUGACUCGCAAAGGAAAACUGAUUCCGAGCCAAGGGACUCCACCAUCAGCCUGCCAUCAUGGGCAACACGCCCACAGCAAAGAAGGGCAAUGAGAUGGAGAGCGUGAAGGAGUUUCUUGCCAAAGCCAAAGAAGAUUUUCUGAAAAAAUGGGAGAAUCCAGCACAGCAAACUGCGGCGUUGGAUCACUUCGAGCGUUUGAAGACUUUAGGCACGGGCUCGUUUGGUCGAGUCAUGUUGGUGAAACACAAAGAGUCUGGUCAGCAUUACGCCAUGAAAAUACUUGACAAACAGAAGGUAGUGAAGCUGAAGCAGAUAGAGCACACACUGAAUGAGAAGCGUAUCCUCCAAGCCGUCAGCUUUCCAUUUCUGGUGCGACUGGAGCACUCUUUUAAGGAUAACAGCAAUCUGUAUAUGAUAAUGGAGUACGUGCCUGGGGGUGAAAUGUUCUCACACUUAAGGAGGAUUGGUAGAUUCAGUGAACCACACGCCCGCUUCUACGCAGCGCAGAUUGUACUGACCUUCGAAUACCUUCACUCGCUGGAUCUCAUCUACCGAGAUCUGAAGCCAGAGAACCUGCUCAUUGACCAGCAAGGUUACAUACAGGUAACAGAUUUUGGGUUUGCAAAAAGGGUGAAAGGCCGAACUUGGACGCUUUGCGGGACUCCCGAGUACCUGGCGCCAGAAAUCAUCCUCAGUAAAGGUUACAACAAAGCUGUGGACUGGUGGGCUUUAGGAGUACUGAUAUACGAGAUGGCUGCUGGUUACCCACCCUUCUUUGCAGACCAGCCUAUUCAGAUUUACGAAAAGAUUGUAUCAGGAAAGGUUCGCUUUCCUUCCCACUUCAGCUCAGACCUGAAAGAUCUGUUGAGAAAUUUGCUGCAAGUGGACCUGACCAAGCGCUUUGGCAACCUCAGGAAUGGAGUCAAUGAUAUCAAGGGCCACAAGUGGUUUGCCACCACCGACUGGAUUGCCAUCUACCAGAGGAAGGUGGAAGCUCCCUUUAUUCCUAAGUGCAAAGGCCCUGGUGAUACAAGCAACUUUGAUGACUACGACGAAGAAGAAAUCAGAGUCUCCUUCACAGAGAAGUGUGCAAAGGAGUUUGCUGAGUUCUAGAUACCAACCACGGUAGUGAUAUUAUGGGAGAGAGGCAGGGAUUUAGAAAGUGAAAGGGGGUCUGAGGACAGAAAGCACUAAAGUGGACUGAUAACUUGCUUAUAUGUGAUGAGGAAAACGAUGUAAAAUCCACCCCCCAAAUGGAAAGACGGAGGCAAAGUGAUAAAAGAUCCAACAGAACCAGCAGUGUUGCCUUUUUGAUUGUUUCUCAACUGUUACCUUUACACUUUAUUUAUCCCUCUUGUGUUUUGUGCCAGGGGCUUGACAAGAACAGGCAUAGGUUGUGGCUGUUCAGCUAGAUUUGUUUCUUUCUGAUGGUGUAAAUGACAUGUUUUCAGUCUCUGCAGGUUGAGGCAUUGAUUUUUCUGUUAAGGUACUGAAUCUGCUAAAGCUCCUUUUUUUUUUUUUUUUUUUCCCCUCCCCCUGAGCGGGCCCUCUCUUCAAGCUUCUCUAAGAGUGAUCGUUGUAUCUUGUCUCCUCCCCACCCCCAGUCUCCUCCAUCUCCUCCACCUCUCCAUCCCAAAUCUGUCCAAGCAAUACCAAGUCCAACAGCAGUGCCUAUCAUAAUGCCAACUGGUUGGAAAACUGUGUCGAAAGCGUUGGUGCAGAGCUUUGGCUAUGGUGGCGGUGGCCCUCGUGCCCGUUUUGGUUGAAAGCUUGAAAAACUCUCUGCACCUGCCUUUGUCUGCUCAAUGUGGCAUGAUUAUUGGGUAGAUGAUGCACUCUGCUGCUUGCCGCUGAAGCAGCGGCGACCUCUUUGAUCAGAGUGAAAAUGAUUUAUCACAGUAAACUUCACUGCGGUCCUGCUCGUUUAGGGACCCGCGGGAAGUAAACAUGAGGUCUGCAUUUAAGUCUGUCUUUCUCUUAGUUGAAUUUAUUAGAGCAUUUUAAAAGGAAAAAAAAAAUCCUAUCAGUGAUCAUUUUGUCCUUUUUAUGUCGAUCUCUGUGCUUGUGUGUUAUUUAGUGCUCACGGGUGGGUUUAAAAAGCUGUGAUUUAGCAGCAGCUAACAUUGUGGUCACACUCCUGACUAUUGUUUAUUUAAUUCAUAGUACAUUUAUACAUGUAUAUUGAUAUAUAUAAAUAUAAGAUAGAGAACAUGAAAUAUCCAUCUUUUUUCAACAUAUGUCUAUGUCUCAUAGCUGUGAAACUGACUUUAAGAUUUUAUAAAUAAACAGAUAUUAUAUAAAUUCUG